GGGGGCGGCGCCGGGGGCGGCGCCGGGGCUGGUCCGGCCAACUUCGGCAGGGGCCGCGGCCGACCGACGCCCCUAGCCGCCCCGGCCCAACUUUGCCUCGCCGCCCCGGCCGGGACCCCUCGGCCCGCGACCCACGGAGAGCCCGUCCGGCGCGGCAGCAGCAGCAGCAGCAGGCCGGCCGCAGAGCCCCCCCGCGCACCCCCGGCCCCGCUCCGCCGCGCCCCGGCCGCUAUGGCCAUGGUGACCGGGGGCUGGGGCGAGGCGGCGGGCGGCGGCGGCGGCGGCGGGGAGAGCAACGGGCUGGAGAAGGGCUACCCGCGGCCCGCAGAGGACGACUCGGCCUCCCCGCCCGGCGACCCGGAGCGCGGCGGGGGCGGCGGCGGCGGGGGCGCGGAGGAGGAGAAGGCGGGGGCGGCGGCGGUGGACUGCGUGGUCUGCGGGGACAAGUCGAGCGGGAAGCACUACGGCGUCUUCACCUGCGAGGGCUGCAAGAGCUUCUUCAAGCGCAGCAUCCGCCGCAACCUCAGCUACACCUGCAGGUCCAACCGGGACUGCCAGAUCGACCAGCAUCACCGCAACCAAUGCCAAUAUUGCCGGCUGAAGAAGUGUUUCCGCGUCGGCAUGAGGAAGGAAGCCGUCCAGAGGGGCCGCAUCCCCCCCAGCCACGCCAGCCCCAACAUGGUGCAGAGCGGGGACUUCUACAACGGGCAGCCCGUCUCGGAGCUGAUCUCGCAGCUACUGCGGGCCGAGCCGUACCCCAGCGCCCGCUUCAGCUCCCAGUACGCCCAGCAGGGCAGCGUGAUGGGCAUCGACAACAUCUGUGAGCUGGCGGCCCGGCUGCUCUUCAGCACGGUGGAGUGGGCGCGCAACAUCCCCUUCUUCCCGGAGCUGCCCGUCUCGGACCAGGUGGCGCUGCUGCGGCUCAGCUGGAGCGAACUCUUCGUGCUCAACGCCGCCCAGUCCGCGCUGCCCCUCCACAUGGCGCCCCUGCUGGCCGCCGCCGGCUUCCACGCGGCCCCCAUGUCCGCCGACCGGGUGGUCUCCUUCAUGGACCAGAUCCGCAUCUUCCAGGACCAGGUGGAGAAGCUGAGCCGGCUCCAGGUGGACUCGGCCGAGUUCAGCUGCCUCAAGGCCAUCGCCCUCUUCACGCCAGACGCCUGCGGCCUGUCGGACCCGGCCCACGUGGAGAGCCUGCAGGAGAAGGCCCAGGUGGCGCUGACGGAGUACGUCCGCUCCCAGUACCCCUCGCAGCCCCAGCGCUUCGGCCGGCUGCUCCUGCGGCUGCCCGCUUUGCGGGCCGUGCCGGCCUCCCUCAUCUCGCAGCUCUUCUUCAUGCGCCUGGUGGGGAAGACGCCCAUCGAGACCCUCAUCCGGGACAUGCUGCUCUCCGGCAGCUCCUUCAACUGGCCCUACGGGACGGGGCAGUGAGCCCGGACAGGCGGAGGGACGCUGCCCCCCUCUCCCACAGCACGGACGUCCGUCAGCAGCCACCCCUCCCUCCGGCCCCCACCGAGACUUUGGAGGGGGGCCCUUGGGCUUCCGUGGGACCCCUUUGGGAGGGGCGAGGAUGGAAGCCCCCCCCCCAUGGCUGAGGA